AUGGGUGUUGAAAAUGACACAAGCAGCAGGUUGGACAAUCUCUCCGCCGCCUCGCUCCAACCCGGUGAGAACCCGUACUCGGCCUUCAUCAACGCCUGCCACGACGAUCCCGCCGAGAUCCAGCUGCUCUACUCUGCGCACCGUACAAGGCGAAACGCCGCGCAAAGGGACAAGUUCCUCGCCCCCGACUUCGCCGGCCUCUCCAUUGACCAGACCCUCCUGCGGCUGGAGCGUGCGCACGUCGAGCCCGGCUUCGAGGACGAGCGCAACUGUCUGGUGUUUUGGGCGCGGCCGCCCGACCACGUCGAGCGGCUGGCGGCCAAGUUGCAGCAUCUGCUGAGGAGAGCUGCCCCGGGGAUAUGGCUGAUGCCCACGCACCGGAUGCACAUGACGACGCUGGAGGUGGCCUUUUCCAAGACCGCCGCGGAGAUGGGGGGACUGGUGUCCGCGCUGCGGCCCAGCAUCCCGGGCAUCGUGUCGUGGACGCACCUCCACCGCGCGCGGCUCGUCAAGCCCAUGGUGUCGUAUGACACGUCUGCCUUUGCUGUGUCUUUCCUGCCGGCGUCGGGGGAGGAGGCGCUGUCGCCGGGCCCGACGCGCCCCGACGCCCCGGCUGACGAUGUCGUCCAGGGCGACGGGUACACGUAUCACCACCUCCGGCGGGACGUGUUUGGCAAAGUCUGCGAGGCCGGGGUGCAGGUCGGCUCGCGCUACCAGGUGCCCAGCGCUCACGUCACGCUGGGCCGGUUCUUGGACGAGGCCGAUCAUGACACGCCGGAGAAGAGGGCCGCGUGGGUGGCUGCUGUUGACGACGUGAACGCCUGGUUGGAGAGGGAGGUGUGGGACAGGAAGGACGCCGAGUAUAUCGGUGAAUGGGUCGUUGGCCACGAGAAGGGCUUGGAUGCGAGGACUGGCACGCUGUGGUAUGGCGGUGGGAGGACUAUUUUGCUGGGCGAGGGAUUCUAG